AUGGCUCUAGCUCCAGUUCCAAAACUUGUCCUUGGUUCAGUUGCAUUUGCAAUCUUCUGGGUGUUAGCAGUUUUCCCUGCUGUGCCUUUACUCCCCAUUGGGAGAACUGCAGGUUCCCUGCUUGGUGCAAUGCUCAUGGUCAUAUUCCGAGUUCUUACUCCGGAUCAAGCCUAUGAAGCGAUCGAUCUUCCCAUUCUCAGCCUUCUUUUCGGCACAAUGGUUGUCAGUGUCUACCUUGAAAGAGCGGACAUGUUCAAAUACAUUGGAAAAUUACUCUCUUGGAAGAGAAAAGGAACCAAAGACUUGCUUUGCAGAAUCUGUCUCAUUUCUGCUGUCUCAAGUGCACUAUUCACUAAUGACACUGCCUGUGUUGUUUUGACAGAGUUCAUUUUGAAAAUGCAAAGCAGCAUAAUCUACCACCACACCCUUUGCUACUUGCACUCGCUACUUUUGAUAUUCUUUUGUGGAAUGUUCAUCACAGUAGAUGGCUUCAAUAAAACUGGGAUUCCUGGUGCUCUUUGGGAUGUCAUGGAGCCUUAUUCUAGAGUAAAUAGUGCUAGUGGAAUAGCAAUACUUGCUCUAGUUAUACUCAUCCUAUCAAAUGUUGCUUCAAAUGUACCAACUGUUCUAUUGCUUGGAGGACCAGUUGCAGCCUCAGCUGCUGCAAUUUCCCCAGAUUAUGAGAAGAAAGCAUGGCUCAUAUUGGCUUGGGCCAGCACAGUUGCAGGGAACCUCUCACUGUUGGGAUCAGCUGCUAACUUGAUAGUGUGUGAACAAGCUCGCCGUGCCCCUAACAUUGCAUACACACUAACCUUCUGGAACCAUCUCAAAUUUGGUCUUCCAUCAACUCUUGUAAUCACUGCUAUUGGUUUGACACUCAUAAGAUGAUGUAGCAUUUUGUUGAACACACGUAGUCUUACACUACUAGAAAAUUUACUCAAAAGAAAAAAUAAGUUUAGUGCAAUGUUGUUUUAGGGUACAUGGGAAAAUAUAUGUAACAGAAUAAUGAGUUCUCUGUUGUCUUAUCAUUAGAAUCACUGAUUAUUCUGAAAGUUGGCCAAGGAUGUUUUGAAA